UGUAGAAAACUAUACUUCCCAUAAACCCCUUGCUCAAUACCACGGAAGUACGCGAUACUUGGCGUGAAACUGUUAUCAGGAAAGCUCAAGUUCUGAUAAUGUUUCGUUAGUUUAUUCACGCUCGGUUACCACCAAAAGAGCUAAGAAAUUGUGAGUGUCUAUAAAAACAUGGCGACUGUCGUAUUUAUUAAAAAUGCAGCACAGGUUAUGUCGAGGAGGUGUUUUAUGUAUAAUUUAAAGGGGCUGUCAAGAGUUGGAGAGUGUCAUUCGUCAGUUUCCUUUUGCGGUAGUCGCUUGCCACUGACAUGGUCGUCCAGGACUACCGGAGUACGGUACAUGUCCCACGGGACUGCAAGCAGGUCGGCAGCCGGCGGACGAAACAGCAGGCGCGGAGUGCUGGCGCUGACAGGGGCAGCGGCAGUCACCACAGCCGCUGCAGUCGCAGGUUUCUUGGCCAACGUUCACCACUUCCAGCGGGCCGAGAUGGCGACUCUGGUACCUCAAGUGGCCGAAGAGGAGAAGCACCAAGAGGAGGGCGACAUAUUGGCCAGGUGCAGGGGCUUCAUGUCGCCCCCGGUCACUGACGUCGCCGUCCUGCAGAGGCGGAAAGGCGAGAUGUGCACCAGGAUGGAGAUGCUCAUCAUGCAGACGCAGGCCGACUUCUGCAAAGCUUUAGAGAAAGUGGAUGGUGGGACGUUCAAGGUGGAUCGAUGGGAAAGAAAAGAAGGUGGUGGUGGGAUUAGCUGCGUGAUGCAGGAUGGAAAAGUGUUUGAGAAGGCCGGAGUCAACGUGUCAGUGGUGUUUGGAAACUUGACUGAAGAGGCAGCCAAGCAGAUGAGGAGCAGGGGCAAGGUCCUCAAAGGAAAAGAUGGCAAGCUGCCAUUUUGUGCCAUGGGCGUGAGCUCUGUAAUCCACCCCAAGAACCCGCACAUCCCCACAGUGCACUUCAACUACAGAUACUUUGAGAUCGAGGAAGAAGACAGCUCCAAACAGUGGUGGUUUGGCGGCGGCACCGACUUAACUCCGGUUUACGUCAGUAAAGAAGACGCACUUCAUUUCCACAGCACCCUAAAAGAAGCCUGUGACAAGCACCAUCCGCAGUACUACCCUGACUUCAAGAAAUGGUGUGACAGAUACUUCUUCGUCCGGCACAGAGGAGAAACUCGGGGCAUCGGUGGGAUCUUUUUCGACGACCUGGACGGCCCCAGUCAGGAGGAGGCUUUCGGAUUCGUCAAAAGCUGCGCCCGCACCGUGGUGCCCUGCUACCUGCCCAUCGUCUACAAACACCUCAAUGAUCCUUUCACUGCUGAGGAGAAGGACUGGCAGCAGGUGCGUCGAGGAAGGUACGUUGAGUUCAAUCUGGUGUACGAUCGAGGAGUCAAGUUUGGCUUGGCCACGCCAGGAUCCCGAAUUGAGAGCAUCCUCAUGUCUCUCCCGCUCACUGCCAGGUGGGAGUACAUGCACGAGCCCGCCCUCGGUACCCGAGAGGCUGAGAUGCUGGAGGUUUUAAGGAACCCAAAGGAGUGGGUGUGAGCACCUUGUUGUUUACACGUCAGUAUGUACAGAGCAUGCAUGCUGUUCUUGAAAAAUACCUGGUUUUAACUAAAUAAUUGUUUGGGUUUUUUUGUUUUUGUAAUAACUGUUGUCAGUCACUGAAAGGCUAAGUGAAAAAAAAUAUAUCAACAGAAAAUGUACUGGUACAUUGCCUGCUAUUGGCACCUUAUGUUGACACGUCCCUUUGUGUGGAGGCUAAAAGUAGUUCGCCCUACUUGAAGCGCUCGUUGCUCUUCUGUGCCUUCUGUUUGUUUUGUAUUCUUACACCCACAUGUAAAACAGAAACGAACUUGAACAUUAAUGCACUAGCUUCGUUUGAAUGUGUCAAUUUGUGUUGGCAGUUUUCUUUGUUUUUCUGGUUAUUACUACACCUAAGGUGAAAAGUUUUGAGACUUCAUUCAGUAGGAUGAGAAAACGUCUCAAAACCUUUGAUCCCAUGUGUAACUGACCAGUUAAGGGUUUGCCUUUUGCAGCAGGUUUCAUAAUUGCAUAAUGCGACAUGUUUAUAAAAAAAAAAAAAAAAAACACCACAGAAAUAUGAAAUCGUGAACGAUAUGAUUAAUUCAUUGCGAUAAACUAUCUUUCAUCAAUCGAUCCAAUUUCCAUUUUUUUUGUUCCUGCUUUCUACAUAUAUAGUAAAUAUCAAGAAUUUUGAGUUACA